ACCUUCUCUGAUUCUAGAAAGGCGGGCAUAAUGACAAGGGCCUGCUAAUAAACACUGCCGACCUUUGCGUGACCACUCGGUGCCAAGCAACUGAAGCGACCCAGGUUCCUGGAUUGAGCCUCCCGCCGUGCCGUCAGCCGUUUCCCAAAAAGUAUUCGGGGGCGUUACCUCCGGGCCGCGACGACAUCCGCCUUCCCGACCGGCGGCUGUCCUCCAGCGGCCGCUAACUGGUCACUUGCCCCCCCCUUUCCCUCGUCAUCCUAACAUUACAGUCCCAUUGCAGCAAUCUGCCGUUUGUUGCAGACGCGCGCGGGGUCUGCAACCAUCACCAACUAUACCCAAUGGAGCUGAACGGAGCAAGACGGCCUCAACCGCACCAGGCUCCGUCUUCUUGACGUGCUCACCAUAGUACCUUGGAACCAUUGUCGGAACAUGUCUCCUGGCCUCUAUUGGGACUUCAUUCCGUCUGACUUGGGUGGAGACUUUACCCGCAUCUUGAUGGCAAGGGAAACCAGCUCGCGUCGAUAGACCUAAUUAGGCCUUUGGAAAGACGGGUUGGCAUCGAAGACCUUCCCAGACUGGCUUCGCUGACAAGGAAGACAACCGCGAUCAUGAUCCCUCCCGCUGGCUAACCGGCUGGCUGGUUUCGAAGAGGGGAUGCCCACCAUGCGGUAGCCUCCUCUUCGCCUUCAUUCCGCUCUGGUUCACAUCCCCAAACGUAAACUGCUCGUUCUAACCCCUGGAUCAUGGUGAGCGCGAGGUAACCAUACUACUCAUUCCAUGGGUCUGCGCUGGUAUGCAAGAUCUUGGCUUCAUCCCUCCAAAGCCGCAAUUUCGGACAGGGUUUGCCGCCCCUUCCAUCUAUCGGAAGUUUUGCAUCAACACUCCUUUUCGGUCACCUCAACAUCAGGACUUCUGCUUUCGGCCGCGUACCCCCCUAGACCGUAGAUUAUGUAUAUAGGGAGUCCAUGGAACCCUCCAUCAUGGCCUUCUUUCUUUCUUCCCAUCGCGCACCAACCGUGUGAAGUGGCCUUCUAGAACUUACUGUACAAGAUGAGGACCACCUCGGCCUUUCUCAGCGGCCUGGCGGCGGUGGCUUCAUUGCUGUCGCCCGCCUUCGCCCAAACCGCUCCCAAGACCUUCACUCAUCCUGAUACCGGCAUUGUCUUCAACACAUGGAGUGCUUCCGAUUCCCAGACCAAAGGUGGCUUCACUGUUGGUAUGGCUCUGCCGUCAAAUGCUCUUACUACCGACGCGACUGAAUUCAUCGGUUAUCUGGAAUGCUCCUCCGCCAAGAAUGGUGCCAAUAGCGGUUGGUGCGGUGUUUCUCUCAGAGGCGCCAUGACCAACAAUCUACUCAUUACCGCCUGGCCUUCUGACGGAGAAGUCUACACCAAUCUCAUGUUCGCCACGGGUUACGCCAUGCCCAAGAACUACGCUGGUGACGCCAAGAUCACCCAGAUCGCGUCCAGCGUGAACGCUACCCACUUCACCCUUGUCUUUAGGUGCCAGAACUGUUUGUCAUGGGACCAAGACGGUGUCACCGGCGGCAUUUCUACCAGCAAUAAGGGGGCCCAGCUCGGUUGGGUCCAGGCGUUCCCCUCUCCCGGCAACCCGACUUGCCCUACCCAGAUCACUCUCAGUCAGCAUGACAACGGUAUGGGCCAGUGGGGAGCUGCCUUUGACAGCAACAUUGCCAAUCCCUCUUAUACUGCAUGGGCUGCCAAGGCCACCAAGACCGUUACCGGUACUUGCAGUGGUCCAGUCACGACCAGUAUUGCCGCCACUCCUGUUCCCACUGGCGUUUCUUUUGACUACAUUGUCGUUGGUGGUGGUGCCGGUGGUAUUCCCGUCGCUGACAAGCUCAGCGAGUCCGGUAAGAGCGUGCUGCUCAUCGAGAAGGGUUUCGCUUCCACUGGUGAGCAUGGUGGUACUCUGAAGCCCGAGUGGCUGAAUAAUACAUCCCUUACUCGCUUCGAUGUUCCCGGUCUUUGCAACCAGAUCUGGAAAGACUCGGAUGGCAUUGCCUGCUCCGAUACCGAUCAGAUGGCCGGCUGCGUGCUCGGCGGUGGUACCGCCAUCAACGCCGGUCUCUGGUACAAGCCCUACACCAAGGACUGGGACUACCUCUUCCCCUCUGGCUGGAAGGGCAGCGAUAUCGCCGGUGCUACCAGCAGAGCCCUCUCCCGCAUUCCGGGUACCACCACUCCUUCUCAGGAUGGAAAGCGCUACCUUCAGCAGGGUUUCGAGGUUCUUGCCAACGGCCUCAAGGCGAGCGGCUGGAAGGAGGUCGAUUCCCUCAAGGACAGCGAGCAGAAGAACCGCACUUUCUCCCACACCUCAUACAUGUACAUCAAUGGCGAGCGUGGCGGUCCUCUAGCGACUUACCUCGUCAGCGCCAAGAAGCGCAGCAACUUCAAGCUGUGGCUCAACACCGCUGUCAAGCGCGUCAUCCGUGAGGGCGGCCACAUUACCGGUGUGGAGGUUGAGGCCUUCCGCAACGGCGGCUACUCCGGAAUCAUCCCCGUCACCAACACCACCGGCCGCGUCGUUCUUUCCGCCGGCACCUUCGGCAGCGCCAAGAUCCUUCUCCGUUCCGGCAUUGGCCCCAAGGACCAGCUCGAGGUGGUCAAGGCCUCCGCCGACGGCCCUACCAUGGUCAGCAACUCGUCCUGGAUUGACCUCCCCGUCGGCCACAACCUGGUUGACCACACCAACACCGACACCGUCAUCCAGCACAACAACGUGACCUUCUACGACUUUUACAAGGCUUGGGACAACCCCAACACGACCGACAUGAACCUGUACCUCAAUGGGCGCUCCGGCAUCUUCGCCCAGGCCGCGCCCAACAUUGGCCCCUUGUUCUGGGAGGAGAUCACGGGCGCCGACGGCAUCGUCCGUCAGCUGCACUGGACCGCCCGCGUCGAGGGCAGCUUCGAGACCCCCGACGGCUACGCCAUGACCAUGAGCCAGUACCUUGGCCGUGGCGCCACCUCGCGCGGCCGCAUGACCCUCAGCCCUACCCUCAACACCGUCGUGUCUGACCUCCCGUACCUCAAGGACCCCAACGACAAGGCCGCUGUCGUUCAGGGUAUCGUCAACCUCCAGAAGGCUCUCGCCAACGUCAAGGGUCUCACCUGGGCUUACCCUAGCGCCAACCAGACGGCUGCUGAUUUUGUUGACAAGCAACCCGUAACCUACCAAUCCCGCCGCUCCAACCACUGGAUGGGCACCAACAAGAUGGGCACCGACGACGGCCGCAGCGGCGGCACCGCAGUCGUCGACACCAACACGCGCGUCUAUGGCACCGACAACCUGUACGUGGUGGACGCCUCGAUUUUCCCCGGUGUGCCGACCACCAACCCUACCGCCUACAUUGUCGUCGCCGCUGAGCAUGCCGCGGCCAAAAUCCUGGCGCAACCCGCCAACGAGGCCGUUCCCAAGUGGGGCUGGUGCGGCGGGCCGACGUAUACUGGCAGCCAGACGUGCCAGGCGCCAUAUAAGUGCGAGAAGCAGAAUGAUUGGUAUUGGCAGUGUGUGUAGAUGACAGAGGGUGAUAGGUAGCUUGAGGGAGUUCAGAGAAUGGGGGCGAGGAGAAAAUGGUUGUUGGUAGGAUGGGUCUCUUCUGUUUUUGGUGAUAAAGGUGUCUGUCUGUCUCUAGAGGAGACUCUUCGCUUCUUCUGUAAAUACUUGACGUAUCGUUGAACAUAUCUAACUAACAUGUACAUACAUAUUUUCAAUCCAUUUAUCAUUCUGUUC